AUUGUAGUGGAGAAGUUGGCUUUCGAAACAAUUUGAUGAAAAGAAAUGGAAUUGAGAGGCAGAGAUCUGUACAGGCGAUAUCUGCGAUUUGUGAAGACAGACAAGCUACUGGAAUCCAGCUUAAAAUGGUAUGAUAAUCUCGGACUUUUCGAUGGCAUUAGAAAUGGUGAAUACAGCAUCAAAACCCAGGAAUUUGCACUUAACAGUGGAUUAAAAGAAAGUUACGUUUCCGCAAUGGUACGAUCUCUUGUUGUGUCGCAUGUUCUCGAGCUUGGAGACGAAGGAGAGGUUUAUAUACCAGGGGAAUGCGUCGAGGACCUGAAUGACAUCAUUAGUGAGUGUAUGAUAGCCCCUGAACUUGAAGAUGUUGUCGACGUUAUGCACGCAUGCGCAAAGAUUGGCGGUCAAGAAGGUUAUACACCGGAACAGCGAUACCUAGUCUGGCGGGCUGUCAUUUUAGACGAGGUACUGGAAUUUGUAAAGGCUACGAUUGAACAGAGUGAAGGAAGCUUCAGGAGAGUAUUAGACAUUGGGUGCGGCCAGGGAGAUUUUACCAUCAGAUUGGCAGAGGAAUUUGCAACAAAAUCAAUACACGGUUGUGAUGUAUCCCCAAUCAACACACAACGCUGUAUCGAUAAAUCGUUUGAUGUACAUAACACUGCAUUCUUUACUGUUCCGAAUAUUGCCGACUUACCACCGAGCUGGAGCACGGUGUAUGACGUAGCUACCUUAUUCCAACCAGUCCCUCACGGCGGCACAAAUACCAGAGAAGUUAUUUUGGAGGCAAGGAGAAUAUUACAAGAUGAUGGUUUAAUCAUCUACAUCGAACCGGAAGUUAGUAUCAACCCAUCUGACAAAAGGUUUCCUGAGUCUGCGUACGACCUUGCCGUGUCGUAUUGGUACUGUUUACCAAGCGGGCUGCCGAGUGUUCCUAGGAGCGAGUAUCUGGUAGAAAACACCGAGAACUUCUUAAGUGACUGCGGGCUGCGUGUACAAAGUCAUCACGUGUUACAUUGUAGUAUAUGGAACCAUGCCUUCGUUUGUAUCAAGAAAUGACUAAAUUUGAUAACGAUUUUGGUCACUAUCAGAGUUUUGAUAGGCCACUAAGUUGUGGACUUAUCUGAGGUCAAGUAACAUUUAACAGUGUUCUGUAGCUUAUUUUAUCGAAAACACACAAUAAUUAACGAUAUACAUAUUUAUAGUAAUAAUGUUUCACUUGUCAUUCUUUCCUAUUCAUACAUAAGUUAUUAACGGGACUUCAUUUCAUACCAUGCAUGUUUAAGUACAUAAAUUAGGUAACAUAAAUUAAAAAACAGCUUUUGUCAUACUGAAGGUAAAUAAGAUAUUCUUUUUGGUCAACUUGCCAGGUUACAGUUAUUUGUGCUUAAUUAAUUUUGUAAAACAUAUUUGUACAUGUUUAAUUUUCUG